AUGUGGACUCGUUCCUUCUUUUAUGUUCUAAUAGAUCAUUAUUAUCAUCGUUUUCAAGACCUUUUUAUCCGCAGCCUUUCAGCUUUAGGUAUUGAUGUUACUGCUCUUGAUAUACGAUUUGUAGACGACAAUUGGGAGAGCCCGGUUCUUGGUGCCUGGGGUUUAGGAUGGGAAAUCUGGAUGGAUGGAAUGGAGAUUACUCAGUUUACCUACUUUCAGCAGGCUGGAAGUCUCCAGUUAUCAUUAGUAUCGGUAGAAAUAACUUAUGGCCUGGAGCGUAUAUUUAAAAAUGUUACUGCAGGUCAGUUGACUGAUUUUCUUUUAGAGUAA